AUGCUGGCGGGUGCUUGCGUGCGCGGGGAGCCGCCGCCCCGCCGCCGCACUCCAGCCCGAGUCGUCGCAGCGCGCCUGCUGUCGCCCGCGGGCGUGGGCGUGGCGUGGGCGUGGCGUGGUGGCGGGGCCGCCGCUCGCCGACGCCGAGCCCGGCCUGGCGCCGCUGGCCGCUGCGAGUGGCGGCGCUGGCGCCUCCCGCCCGUGGCCUGCCGCCUGCCGCCGGCGCUGCUCGCAACCAUCCCGAAGUGCGGCGGCUGCCAGGAGCUGAUCCUGGACCGGUUCAUCCUGAAGGUGCUGGACCGCACGUGGCACGCUAAGUGCCUCAAGUGCAGCGAGUGCGCCGGGCAGCUCAGCGACAAGUGCUUCGCGCGAAACGGACAGGUCUUCUGCAAGGAGGACUUUUUCAAGCGGUACGGCACCAAGUGCGCCGGCUGCGAGCAGGGCAUCCCGCCCACGCAGGUGGUGCGCCGCGCCCAGGAGCACGUCUACCACCUGCAGUGCUUCGCCUGCGUCAUCUGCGCGCGCCAGCUCAACACCGGCGACGAGUUCUACCUCAUGGAGGACCGCAAGCUCGUCUGCAAGCCCGACUACGAGGCCGCCAAGAGCAAAGGCCGCGUCGAGGACGGAGACGAGGACGGGAGCGAGGGAGGGGACGAGGGCGGGGGCGAGGGUGGCAACGAGGGCGUGGACCAGGGCGUGGACGAGGGCGGGGACGAGGGCGGGGGUCGGGACAUGAGUGAGGGUGGGGGACGACGGCAGGGACGAGAGCGGGAAGAGGACGGGGGCGAGGGCGCGGACGAUGCGCGCUCGAAGGCGCAGGCGAGGACGGCUCGAUGGAGCGCAGGCGGCGGCGGGGGCGCUGUUGCAGAUGGCGCGUGCCUGGACGGGGACCAGCCCAACAAGCGGCCGCGCACCACCAUCACCGCCAAGCAGCUGGAGACGCUCAAGCUCGCCUACAACAACAGCCCCAAGCCCGCGCGCCACGUGCGCGAGCAGCUGUCGCAGGACACGGGGCUCGACAUGCGCGUCGUGCAGGUCUGGUUCCAGAACAGAAAAGAACGCCCGGCGGCGGCGGCGAAGGCAGCAGCGAGGCCCGCGCCGCACCGUGCCGUGGGGCUGCGGGAGACGAGCGGGGCGGGGGUGGACGCGGAAGAUAGAUGGCGGCAGCGCGGCGGUGCCGGCGGCGAGGGCGGCGAGGGCGGCGAGGGCGGCGAGGGCGGCGAGGGCAGCGCAGAGCGGCGGGCGAAGGAGAAGCGGCUGAAGAAGGACGCGGGGCGCACGCGCUGGAGCCAGUACUUCCGCUCCAUGAAGGGCGGCGGCGGCGGCUCCCCGCGCCACGACAAGCUCUCCGACAAGGACGACAAGCUGGACCUCGACUCCAACUUCAGCCACACGCACGACCUGAACAGCAACGACAGCUACGGCACCGUGGUGAACCUGGGCCUGGACCCGGAGGGCUCGUCGCCGCACAGCGCCAGCGGCGGGGGCGGCGGCGGCGGCGGGCGCGGGCCGGCGGGGCCGUUCCUGCACGGCGGGCCGGCCACGCCCCCGUACCUGCCGCCAGGCCACUCGCCGCCCCCGCCGCCGCACGCCGCGCUCGCGCCCGCCGCCUUCGCCGCCGCCGCCGCCUACGGCGCCGAGGGGCUCGGCGUGUACACCGGCCUCGCCUAUCUGCCACCUCCGAUCGCCCGCGCCCUUCCGCACCCCACAGCUGCGGCCGAGCCACGCCACGCCAGCCGUGCCGCGCCGUCCUCGCCUGGUGAUGCUGAUGAGGAUGGUGGUGACAGUGGCGGUGGACACGGAAUUGAGUGCACAGGCAGAGGUGACGAUGCUGACGGCAGUGGUGACGCUAAUGACGGUGGCGUUAGGGACGGCGGUGACGACAGUGACAACAUUGGUGACAGUGACGACUAUGACGAUGAUGGCGACUACAACGGUGGUGACAGUGAUUACGGUAACGACUGUGGCAACAUCGACAAUGUUGAUGACAGUGGCGGCGUAGGCAAAGCUGGCGACAGUGUCGGCGGUUCUGACAGUGACAACCAUGUUGAUGUAGGUGACAGUGACGGCAGCGGCGGUGGCCACGGCCGACAAGCAGGGAGAAAAACUAACGUUUCCUUGGGCAAACGAACAAACCCAGCUUUCCGUGUUGCAGGCCAGGUCCCUCCGCCCGCGCACCUGGCGCCGGGCCCCGCUUCCGACCUGAGCAACAGCUCCAGCACCCACGGCUACCCGGACUUCCCGCCCAGCCCCGACUCGUGGCUGGGCGAGGUGAGCGCGCCGCCCCCGGGGCCCGGCCCGGCGUACUGA